AUGUCAGGCAACGGCAACGGUAGUAGCAAGUGGCCUGACUUCCGCCUCGCGUCGACCCUAUGGUCUCUUAUGCCCGGCUCCCAGUCCAACAGGCCAGAUAAGCAAAACGACCAAGACCGCGACGGCAACGGCAACGAAGGCCACAAGAACGAGCAGCAACUCAAGAACGAACCCCAAGGAGAGCUUCCAGAAGAGCUAAUGCAGUCACUCGAGUUGACCCAAGACGAAGUCGGCACCGGAAGUCGGCCAAUUGACGAGAUGAGCGGUUUCGAUAACUACGAUGGCGAUGCUCAGUCUGGUCCAGAAGACGACGUUCAGGACCAAGACUUUGGUACGCUCGAAAUGUUCGACAGCAACGCAACACAAGCCCCCUACACGUCGCAACUCGACAGCGCGUCCCAGGAAGACCAGGCACCUGAGGCGCCCACCUCGGAAGACAUACCGUCCUCUCAAUCCCAAAAGCACAAGCGCGACAAGAAGGGGCGCAAACAGAAGGGCAUAAAUGAGAGUGAAUCUCCACAGCUGCCAGCUGCCCAAGGAUCCUCGCGCAAGUCCAAAAAGUCCAAGAAAAAGUCAACGGUACCGGUCGAAAUUCCCGAUAGCCUGAUCGAAAACAACACAUCAACCAUGUUCCCAUCUCAGCCUUUGGACAACAACUUGGCUGUUGACCUUGAUGAUGAGGCGGCUGCUCCUGCUACUCAAACGAAGCGCAAGCGCAACCCCUCGGAUUCUACUGACGGCAAGCAACGCAAGAAGCGGAGAUCCCGUGACGAGGCAGCCGACAUAGAAUCACAGCUGGUGGAACCAGGAACACAAGAUGGCCAAAUUGAGGAAGCAGACAUUAAAGAAUCUCAAGCUGCCUCUUUCCUUCGCACCAGGGACGCAGCUCGCCCAGCUUCCAUUUACGAUGACGUCGCAGAGGAUGUACCCCAAUCUCCCAGUGCUGCACGCCUCGAGGUGCGUGAUGCCCGAUCAAGAGAAGGUAGUGCCGCUCAUGACGAGAUGGACAUUGAUGCAUCAGUGAAGCAGACCCAGGAUCAGGAGACUGAGGUGUCUGGCUUUUCUGCAAUCAAUGGGCAAGAGAACACAGAACACCAGGAGCUUGAACAAGUGGCCAGGGACGUGUGGAAUGCGCACAUCAACGGUCAGAACCAACCCAACACACAAGACCCAUCCGUGCACCCUGAGGAGAUGGAAGUUCCAACAUCUGCGCAGCGUCCCCAUACAAGCAACGAUGUGUAUGAUGUUCCCGGAAGCCCAGUUCAAGCCUCAAACCCCCCAAGUGCCAGUGCCAAGAAAUCGCCUUCUCCCGAGGUCCCCGAGGGCGACCUCCCAUCACCUUCUGCCAUGACACCGAUGCCACGAAAGCGCACCAAGAAGGCUUCAAAUCGUAGAAAGUCUGAAGCCAAUCGUGCACUCUCAUCUCAAGACAUGGAAGUCAGAGAUGAUGACGACCUAUAUGGCAACCCAGCAACCGGACGACGCAACCGAAUGGCUGGCUUCACCCAGGGAAGAUUCACAGGUGAGGAACUCAGUCGUAUUGCACAAGCAGUUGAGAGUUACCGUGUCGAGCGCAACAUGGUGCAGCAUGAACUAAAUGCUAUGAUCCAUGCUCCUGGAGGUACAACCGCUGGUGAUGAGCAUGCCGCCCUUUGGGCACGCAUCUUUGCAACAUGCCCAGACCGACACAGACAGAAAAUCAUCAAUAUCACCCGAAAGAAGUUCCACAACUUCGUUGCUCGUGGUACUUGGACAAGCGAGCAAGAUGCCGAGCUCCGUGACCUUAUUGAGGCCAACGGAACAAAGUGGUCCAAGAUUGCGGGUAUCAUCAACCGUCACCCAGAAGAUCUUCGGGAUCGUUAUCGAAACUACAUCAUCUGCGGAGACUCCCAGCGGAAGGAUACCUGGGAUGAGGAGGAAGAGGGUAACCUGACACAGUAUGUAAUGGAAGCCAUGGCCGCCAUUGACGAGUUACGAAUCAUCCAACCUACCCGCGAACUGCUCAAGAAGCCAUAUGAGGAACUGAUCGAUUGGCAAAACAUCAGUGAGCGUAUGGGGAGAACUCGCAGUCGACUUCAGUGUAUCACCAAAUGGAGGGCCAUGAACAUCAAGACUCAUGGCAAGGAUAAGUUGGUGUCUCAUGCGCCCGAUGCAUCCAUUUCCUUCCGUCUCGAGAAAGCCCGUCGUCAAAUUGCCGCGAUGCCUGAGGAAGAACGGUAUCGCAUGAUCAUGGCUAUUUCAGGCUCAUCCGCAUCAAUUGAAGCCAAGAUUCCGUGGCAGAGGCUGGUUGACAAACAGUUCCGUAACAGCUGGCAUCGGCCAACGCAGAUGCUUCUUUGGCGACGCCUGAAGCAAAGUGUACCCGAGUCAGAACAGAAGACUGUACGAGACUCUGCACAAUACCUUCUUAAUUUGUACGCCCAGACUGGCGAGCUUCCUAAUGUCGACGAUGCUCUUUUCGACGAUGCGGAGGAAAUGGAGUUCGUCAACAGUAUCCCAACCGCCCACGCUUCUCACAACAACACUCCUGCCAAUGGUCAGAGCCACAUGAGCGCCGAAUUUGUCAACGAGGCUGAUGAAGAGGAAACCGAACAACCACAGGGUGAAUACGGCGUUCCUGAUGAGAACAUCAAUCCUGAUUUGCCUAUCGCACCAAUGGAGGACUUCAACCCAGCCCCGAUGGCAUCAAUGGAUCCCGUUGCUGCAGUUGCAGACCUGGCUCCCAUGGAGGAUACUGAAAUGGUUGACCCAGCUCUUUCUGCAGAUCAUGCAGAGCCCGAACAGCCUGAGGAGCCCGUCGAUGCACCGAUGAAAGAAGAGCCUGUGCCUGUCGCUAAGCCCACCAGCACACCUGUGUUUGAUGAGCCAGCUCCCCCCAAGGCAACCCGCGUUGCAAAGAGAACAGCCCCCUCUCAGGACCCAAUUGAGGAUGAUGGGGAGGUUCAGGCCGGGGCUCCCGCAGAGGACAACUCUGAGGUUGACGAGGCUCAGACGCGCAAGCGAAAGACGCCUAGCAGGUUCCGAUCUGCUGGCGUCACUGAGGUAUCGGCUGCCGCCGACGAUUCAGACAGCGUUAUGGACGAUAUGGAAGAUUUGCCAGCGCGCGUUAUGUAA